AAAGAAAGAGUAAUGAAUCCUGCAAACAGCUCUUUGGUCAAUGAACUCAUUCUCAUGGGAUUAACAGACCAAAAUGACCUCCAAGUACCCCUGUUCUUCCUGUUUUUAAUGAUAUAUAUGGUAACUGCCUUCGGGAAUAUAGGACUGAUAAUUCUUAUUGUGCUGAAUUCACACCUUCACACCCCCAUGUACUUUUUCCUCAUGAACUUGUCCUUCAUAGACCUCUGCUAUUCCUCUGUGAUCACACCCAAAAUGCUCAUGAACUUCAUAUUAAGGAAGAAUGUUAUCUCCUACAUGGGAUGUAUGACCCAGUUUUACUUUUUUUGCUUUUUUGUAAUUUCUGAAUGCUAUGUGCUGACCUCAAUGGCCUAUGAUCGCUAUGUGGCUGUUUACAAUCCACUUUUGUACAACAUAGCCAUGUCCCCUAAAGUUUGUUCAUACCUAAUAAUUGGAUCAUACUUGAUGGCAUUUUCUAGUGCCAUGAUCCACACUGGAUUCAUCCUGAGACUGACUCUCUGUGGUGGAAACAUCAUCAACCACUACUUCUGUGAUGCCAUCCCUUUACUUCAGCUCUCCUGCACAGAAACCCACAUCAAUCAGCUGGAGAUUUUCAUUGUAACGGGAAAAGACAUCAUUUUGCCAAGUCUUGUUAUCUUUAUCUCAUAUGGUUUCAUUGUUUCCAGCAUCCUUCAUAUGAGGUCCACUGAGGGCAGGUCCAAAGUCUUUAGCACUUGCAGUUCUCACAUAAUUGCUAUUUCUAUGUUUUUUGGAUCAGGUGCAUUUAUGUAUCUGAAACCCUCCUCAGCUAAGUCUAUUGAUGAGGGAAAGAUCUCUUCUGUGUUUUAUACUAUUGUGGUUCCCAUGAUGAACCCCUUAACCUACAGCUUGAGGAACAAAGAUGUUAAAGUUGCCCUGAGAAAAACUUUGAGCAGGAGAAAACUAUUUAAUACAAACCUCUUAUAG